AUUCGAUUCAUCAUCGCCGCAAACAACAAAAUCUUUAAUUUCACACAAAAAACUUUUAAAAUCUCGUAUUUUUCACAAUGGUUGGUGAAACAGAGUCUCCAUCAAAGCCCUCUGAGGAGAAGAAAAUGAGCGAAGCCCAAAUAAUUCUCACAAAAUGCGACGAAAAAGUAGAUGCAAAAGCAACAAAGACCCCAAAUGGAGAUGAAACCGCCGGCGUUUCAGAAGAAAACCCCUCAAAAAAAGUCAGAAAACGCACAAAAAGAAGGAAAUUAAACCCCGAUGCGCCUCGUUAUCCCCUUACUGGUUACGUGCGAUAUACAAAUGAACGUCGAGCAAGCAUCAAGGAAGAAAAUCCAUCGAAAAGUCACAUUGAAAUCACGAAACAACUUGCUACAGAAUGGCUUGAACUGCCCGAGGAGAAGAAACAAGCGUACAUGAACGAAGCGGAAAAGGACAAAAUGCGAUAUUUGGAGGAAAUGAAGGAAUACAGCAAGACCCAUAACGUCGAAUUGCGUCGAAAGAAGAAAAAAAAGAAGGGAAAUAAAGACACAGCAGCUGAAAAUGACGGCGAAACGAAAGAAAAACCCGCAGAAUCAACUUCCGUCCCACAAACUGCGGAAAAACCCCUGAAAGAAGGCGAUCGUGACAUCCAAAUAUUCACGGAGGAGUUUUUGGAGCACAACAAAGAAGUUGAGAGUGAAUUGAAAAUUGUUCGUAAAAAAUUGACGGAUUUGCAGCAACAAAACUCAAAUCUCGAACGUUACGUCGAAAGUAUGAAAGGAGGCGUCGAAAAGCUCCAAAUCGAACAAAAUGCUCUCAACACGAAAAAUUCCGCCCUCGAAAAGUACCUCAAAGAGCUCCGAACUUUACUGUCAACGGCACUACAAGGCAUUCCGCUGCCCGACAAGAAACUCCUUCCAACGAUGGAAAAUAUCGACGCGUACAUGCACGAAUUGAGUAAUCUCAAUGGCUCGCCCGCUACACUGACAAAGGCCAAAGAAGCCAUUCGAAAACUCGAUUUUCAAUCAAUAAACACCUAAUUUGCUAAUUUUAACUUUUUUUUGCUUUUAUUUCAUAUUUGUCGCGAAUCCAGAGCGAAGAUCAUGCUGCAAAACAUCAUUUCCAAACUUUACUUUUUCUUUGGCUUGACCAUGUUGUAAAGAAUAAUCAAUCCGAUGACGCCGUAUGUAGCCUUUGCA